GACGUCACAGUACGGAAGCGUUGUAUUGUUGACAGAGCUGCAGCAUGGCGGGUCUUUAACGGCAGAAUUAAAGGGAAUGUUAACAGUUUUUUAAAGCUUUAAUGUUCCUAACAAAUCAGUGGAUGAACACAGAGACGGAUGGAGUUAGAGUGGAAACCCUGAAGCUGAGGGGAAACAUUAGCGACGCAGAGCUAACUUCCGGCUAACGGCUAACAGCUAACAGAGCGUCAUGGCGGAGGCGGGGGCCCACCUGACCCCGGCAGUGAACGACCAGCCGUCGGUCUUCGAGGUUCUGGCUCAGGAGUCUCUGAUGGAGGCGGUCCGACCUGCGCUGAGGCAUGCCGUCAAGGUUCUGGCGGAGUCCAACCCGUCCCGGUUCGGCUUCCUGUUCCAUUUCUACGACGAGCUGUACCUGCUGCUGGACCUGCUGCUGCAGAACCACUUCCUGUCCGUCAGCAGCGCCUCCUUCUCCGAAAAUUUCUACGGCCUGAAGAGGGUGUCCACAGGGGGGGCGGGACUUCCUGCUGGCCUGGGCCUGAACAGGAAGUGCCACUGGCGCUCUCUUCUGCUGCUGUGCGUGGUGCCGUACCUGCGGGUGAAGCUGGAGGCGGUUCUUGCCCGGCAGCGCGACGAGGAGGAUUUCUCCAUCCGGCUGGACCCGAGCCGGGUCCAGAGGCUGAGGCGGGCAGCUGUGGCUCUGCUCCCGUACGUGGGCAGUGCCUGGCGGGCCGCGGCGUUCAGCCAGCAGCUGCUCUACCUGUUCGGGGCCACCAAGACCCACAACCCCCUGCUGUGGCUUGCCAGGGUCCGGCUGGCCCGACUCAGCGCCGAGGACCUGAAGGACCUGGAGCUGAUGAGCAGGAGACCGGACCAGCCAGAGGGGGGGAGCCUGCUGCAGAGAGCAUCCUGGGUAAUGUCUCAGGGCGUGCGAGGCGUGGCGGUCUCUCUCUCCACCUCGCUGUCUCUGGGCGUCUUCUUCCUGCAGUUCCUCGACUGGUUCUACUCCUCCGACAACCAUAGCGCUGUCAAGAGCCUGACCUCGCUGCCCGCCCCACCGCCGCCCCUCCACCUGCAGCGGGACCCGUCGGCCAAUCGGAGCGCAGAGUCCGAGUCCCCGGCCAAUACAAUGUGUCCUCUGUGCCGCCGACUCCGCUGCAACUCCACGGUCCUCUCCACCUCAGGCUUCGUGUUCUGCUACCGCUGCAUCUUCAGCUACGUGAAGAACCAGAGGCGCUGCCCCGUCUCCGGGCUCCCUUCCGAGCCACAGCACCUCAUCAAGAUCUACAGCCCCGAGACCUGAUCCACCAGAGCCCUGAUCCAGCACCUCAUCAAGAUCUGCAGCCCCGAGACCUGAUCCACCAGAGCCCUGAUCCAGCACCUCAUCAAGAUCUGCAGCCCCGAGACAUGAUCCACCAGAGCCCUGAUCCAGCACCUCAUCAAGAUCUGCAGCCCCGAGUCCUGAUCCACCAGGGCCCUGAUCCAGCAUCUCAUCAAGAUCUACAGCCCAGAGACCUGAUCCACCAGAGCCCUGAUCCAGCACGGACAGAUAAAAUAGGGCUGCACAAUUAAUCUUCAUUUGAUCCAGAUCUCAGUAUUUCUCAGUAUCUGCUGAGCUAAUGAACGUUAGCAGCCGAGCUAAUGAACGUUAGCAGCCGAGCUAAUGAACGUUAGCAGCCGAGCUAAUGAACGUUAGCAGCCGAGCUAAUGAACGUUAGCAGCCGAGCUAAUGAACGUUAUCAGCCGAGCUAAUGAACGUUAUCAGCCGAGCUAAUGAACGUUAGCAGCCGAGCUAAUGAACGUUAGCAGCCGAGCUAAUGAACGUUAUCAGCCGAGCUAAUGAACGUUAGCAGCCGAGCUAAUGAACGUUAUCAGCCGAGCUAAUGAACGUUAGCAGCCGAGCUAAUGAACGUUAGCAGCCGAGCUAAUGAACGUUAUCAGCCGAGCUAAUGAACGUUAGCAGCCGAGCUAAUGAACGUUAGCAGCCGAGCUAAUGAACGUUAGCAGCCGAGCUAAUGAACGUUAGCAGCCGAGCUAAUGAACGUUAUCAGCCGAGCUAAUGAACGUUAGCAGCCGAGCUAAUGAACGUUAGCAGCCGAGCUAAUGAACGUUAGCAGCCGAGCUAAUGAACGUUAUCAGCCGAGCUAAUGAACGUUAGCAGCCGAGCUAAUGAACGUUAGCAGCUAAGCUAAUGAACGUUAGCAGCAUUGUUGAAUCUUUUCAUUAUGUAUGUUAUUAAUAAACAUCUAAACUACA